AUGGGAAAUAACAAUGUCUGCUUAGCUGAAAUACCUGUCUAUCGAACUAAUCACACCUCACCUAAGACAAAAACAAAAUGGAAAAGAGAAGAUUUAAAAUCUGGCUCUUGUAUAUAAACACUUGUCGAUAAAGAAAACAACCCAGAUUUCUUUUCUCAGUACUAAUGUGGUUAAGAACUACCUUAAUAUCGCAAUAAAUUAGCUUAAUCAAAAUGGUCUGAAGCUUUCAAUAGUAGUUUAAGUAUAAUUAAUGAUUCAUAACAAACUAUUAAUUCUCUGAUUGAUAAACCUGAAUUCAAGGAACUAGUGUUAUUAGGUCCACCUAAGUAAUUUAGAUGGCUUAGUUGGAUGAAUUUAUUAACAAAAUCCUAACCUCCUAUUAGUUAUGAAAAAUAUUUAGAAAAUCCACCAACAGACAUAUCUAAUAUUAUGAAAGAUAUAGAUCGUACUUUUGUUGAUAAUGCUUUGUUUUCUCACUAAAGUUGUGGAUAAGAACAAUUAAAAAGAGUACUUUGUGCUCUAUCUAAUGCUUUGCCAACUAUGGGUUAUUGUUAAGGAAUGAAUUUCAUUUGUGCUGUUCUUCUUAUUGUAUCAGGUUGUGAUGAACAUCAAGUAUUUUAAGCCUUUAUGUAAAUGCUUAUUAAUGAACAACAUCUUCUAUGUUUUGCUUUCUCUGAUGAUAUGCCAUUACACUUUUUUUUAACUAACUUAAUACAUUAUCAAAUUAAAAAGAAAUUUCCAAAACUUAACUUAAGUGAUAUAAGUGAUUCAUUUUGGCUUAGUAAAAUGAUAUUAUCACUUUUCACAUAUGUAUUCAAAAUGGAAGACUGUAUAAGAUGCUGGGAUUAUUUAAUGGUUCGUGGUAUGAUUCGUGGUAUUCCUGAAUUAAUUCUAGCAUUUAUUGAUGCAACUUAUAAUUAAUUAUCUAAAUUUCAAGAGGAAGAUUUUGCUUAUAAUUUUAAAGGUCCUGAAACAACAACAAUUUAAUUUAAUGUUGGUGAACUCAUUUAUUUAGCUAAAUCUAAUCAUAAUUUAGAUAGAUCAUUUAUAUCAAAAUUUGCUAAGAAAAUGAGAGACAAAAACACACCUUCAUAAUUAUUAGACCUUUUAUAAUAUUACCACAAUCCUCAACUCUAUAAAAAACAUGUAUCCUUUUAUGUUAGCACUAUUUUUGAUUUAUGUUGA